UGGCGGGCUUGAUGCUGUUGCCUUGAUAACUUGGUGCUGCCUGUGUGCGCGCUCACACACUGAAAGCAAGUGAUGGGAGACCAACUCAGUCCCUGAUGUGCGUCAUCGCUCACCUGGCAAUAUUCUGAUUGCAUAUUUUACCUUUUAUUUACUGCUUUUCCACAUUUUUAUUUUAUUUUUUUUAAAUCAAGAAUAAAAGACAUCCAUCAUUUCUUCCAAGCAGAUGUCGGCUAUACUUUGUGCUUUGGGCACCGGCUCCCCGGGAUCUCAGUCAUGGCAGAGGAGUGAGGAGCCUUUGCCAAAAUGCCUGUUAACCGGAGUAUAACUUUUCCACAGUGGUCCUAUGGAAUAUAGUCCGAUUGUACACAAUCUAAAUGUUGUGCCAUCACCCCACGUGAAAAACAAACUCUUUGUCUUCUGCAUAAUGCUGUCUCUUUGGGUGUACAUGAUUUAUUGUUGUGUCGGCUACUGCUCCACGAUGCCAAACCCGAGGUACGGCUCGGCGAAGAGACACCGCAACGACUCCCAAGUUGACGCCGCCCGGGAGUCCUCUCUCGGGGCUUCCAGGGACUUGCUGAAUAACGAGAACGAUUUGGACAGCAGAGGAGAGGAGUGGGACGAAAUUAGAGGCGAGGCGAAGGCGUCGGAGGAUAACGCCAUGUCGGCUUUCCUCAAUGAGUCGGAAAGUAAAAAGUUCCCGCAGGCGAUCAUCAUCGGGGUGAAGAAAGGAGGAACCCGCGCGCUGCUGGAGUUCCUGCGCCUGCAUCCGGACAUCCGAGCCGUGGGCGCGGAGCCGCACUUCUUCGACCGCAACUACGACAGGGGACUGGAGUGGUACAGGGAAUUGAUGCCCAAGUCAGCAGAGGGCCAAUUGACCAUGGAGAAGACCCCCAGCUACUACGUCACCAAGGAGGUCCCUGCGAGGAUCUACACCAUGUCUGCAGACACAAAGCUUAUUGUAGUUGUCCGGGAUCCUGUCACCCGGGCCAUCUCGGACUACACCCAGACUCGCUCCAAAAAGCCCGACAUCCCGUCCUUCGAGAGCCUGGCCUUCAAGAACGCGUCGGCGGGUCUGAUCGACACCACGUGGAGCGCCGUUCAGAUCGGCAUGUACGCCAAGCACCUGGAGCGCUGGCUGCAGUACUUCCCCACCGAGCAGCUGCUGUUUGUCAGCGGCGAGCGCCUGAUCAGCGACCCGGCAGGUGAGAUGGCGCGCGUCCAGGACUUUCUCGGGCUCAGGAGGGCGGUCACAAAGAAUCAUUUUCACUUUAACCCAGCAAAGGGAUUCCCCUGCCUUAAGAGACCUGAGUGGAACAGCAAGCCCCACUGCCUGGGAAAAACCAAAGGCAGGACCCAUCCCAAUAUUGACCCAAAGGUGGUGCAGAGGCUGCGGGACUUUUAUAAACCCUUUAACAGUAAAUUUUACCGGAUGACGGGCCAGGACUUUGGCUGGGAUUGAGAAGAUAACCAAAGACUCAUGCCGGUCCCUUGUCUGUGUUUUCCCUCUGGAGAUAUUGCUAUACCGUGUUUGUACAUUAUUUGGUGGCUGUGUAAAAAGUUUAGAAGCCUAUUUUAUGAUAAUUUAUUGUUAUAGAUAUUAACUCACUUAGUUGCCUGACCAGGUUCAUUCAAGAUUCACGACACACACUUCUGUGAACAUUUUUACAAAAAAGCACAAUGUUGAUACGGGUAUUAUGAGGGUCAGCAUCCUUCAGGAUGUUUUACCACUUGUAACUCUUUUACUUAUCCAAAUUCUUAUUGUUUUUGCAUCACCUUAAACUGGACGAGAUCUGACCUCACAAACCACUGGUAAUGUCCCGUUAACAUUUGCCUGACCCUCGCAGGUCCAUGGACCCACUUAGUCAGGUCAAUACUGGCCUCAGCUGAUCCAGUGCCACUUGCCAGGUGGAUCAAUACUGUAAUAGCUCCUCAUCAUGUCAAUUAGACCUGAGUGAUGGCACUGCCUUGAUCUCUCGAGCACUGCAAUAAAUUAUGGAUCCACUAAUGGUAGUAACUUCAUGGUUCACCUCGGAGCCAACUUCAAAUUAAUAUAAUAAGGUACGUUUACACUGUAAUGUUCUGACUUAACCACUAUUUAUACCAAUUCUACAAAGGAACUCUGAUCAGGCACCAGUAGAGGGUCUUGCCUCGAUGCUUUAGGGAGGUUUCUUUCCAAAAACCUGGCGCACAGGCGCCACAACGUCUGUCCUUUAUUGCUCUUUCCAAAAAAGAAAACGAUUCACACGUCUUAAUCGCACGCAUUGAUCUGCUCUGAAAUGGCUCUCAUUGAUCAUCUCGUCCAGGUUUUUUUUAUUUUUAUUUUUUUACCACAGGUGAUACUAAACGUGUUAAUGCUGCCCGUAGCAAUGAUAAACCAACCGAAAAAUAAGCCUCUUUGUAUCACCAUUCAGUCAUAGAUGAGAAGAUUUUGAAUAAACCAACAGUAGGCUUCAAUUUACUUUAAUGUAUGGUUGAGUUUUAUUCAACCUUUAUAGACAAACAUCUUUGAACAGUCAUCAUUCCAAAAUGAUAACCGUUAACUGUUAACGCUUUACGAACAUUGAAAAGGUAAUUAAGAGAUGCAAUCAUGUCAUUUUUAUGAAGUAAGAAAUAAAUAUGUUUUACCAAAAUCCCCAACAGUCGCUUACAUUACUAUGUUUUAUAAUGUACUCAAUUUCACUUUCUUAAAAUGUUAUACUUGUGUUACUCAUUAAUGCACAACCCCCAUCUCCCCUUUAUAGAGUCCUGCAAAGGUGUACUGCUGCGUCUAAUUCACCCUCAACUGUCUAAUUAGCACAGCACUGCUAUUCUUUAUGCUGUCUCAGCCCCCCUGCUGCCGCCGAUGAGUGGGUUUUGUUGCUAUGACCCCCAGAAACACACAACAAAGUCUCAUGUUUCUCAUUUGGAAGGACGAGACAUGAAAACACUGGCAUUCUUUUUUAUGUCCCUGCGUGACACUGAAUCCUCCCCAAUCCC